AAGUCAGAAUUUAUUCACAUACGGAUGUCGAGAGAGAAAGUGAAUUAAAAGAGGAUUUUUUCGAGUUUAUUAUGUUUAAACAGUGAAAUGAGCAUUUCUGUAUUGUGAGAAAUGCUCUUAUUUUCGUUUAAGGAUUAUAGUGUGUGCCAAAUAACAACUAGUUAUUUGGCUUUAAAAUGUUGGAAAGUCAGGGCGAUUGACACAUCGUUCCUCGCAUGUUUAAAGUAAUUUUUAGGUGUGUUUUGUUGAAUUAGUGUACAGGAUGCCGAGGGGAGAGAACAGAGCGAGCAUCCUGUUAUCUCGGGAAGAGAAUGAACAGGUGUUCAGUUUGAUUGGACCAAAAUGCCAGAGUCUGGCAACAGCCGUGGUCCAGCUAUUCACGACAGAAGAUCCUUCGCACUCGAAAUGGAAGAAGAAGGACACAGGUGUACUUUGCCUGAUAAAGGACAAUGGGAAGAGAUCGUACUUCUUCCGAAUAUAUUGUCUGUACCGCAAGGCGAUGAUAUGGGAGCAAGAAGUCUACCUCCAGAUCGAAUACAAGAACCCACGGCCGUUCUUGCACACUUUCGAGGCAGAGGAAUAUAUGGCCGCAUUCAAUUUUGCAAACGAAAAUGAAGCAAACAUCCUUAGAAAUAUACUACUCGAGAAAAUUGAACUCAGGAAAAUCAGACGAGAAGAACGGCGGCACCGCUCGAUGGUAUCAGCCCGCAGCAGCGGCAGCGGCCCCCCUCCCCCGCGCCAGAACGGCACCCUCCCCCCGCCGCCGCCCGAGCCCGCGCCCUCGCCGGCAUACGUGCCGCCGCCGCCGCAGCCGCAGCCCCAGCCUGUCAAGACUAACCAUAGUCUUGGAAGUUACACAUUAAAAAGUAAUAAGAAACAGAAGGGUCGGAAACUAACGAAAGCUGACAUCGGCGUGCCGCAGAACUUCAAACACAUAUCACAUGUCGGCUGGGAUGCUAAUAAAGGCUUCGACUUGGACAAUGCUCCGAACGCGGACGAGUUGCGCUCGUUCUUCACGAAGGCCGGAGUGUCGGAGACGCAGCUACAAGACCAGGAGACCAGAGAGUUUAUAUAUGAUUUCAUUGAGAUGCAUGGGGGGCUGCCAGCUGUUAAACAGGACUUGGAUAAUGUUAAGGCAUCCCGCGCGCCGCCGCCGCCGCCCGCGCGCGCCGUGCCGCCGCCGCCCGCGCACCGCGCCGCGCCGCCGCGCCCGGCACAACCAGUAUCAUCAGGACCACCAUCAGUGCCUCCUCCCCCCCCCCCCGGCACGGCGCCGCCUCCCCCGCCGCCGAUGUCCGCGGCGCCGCCCGUGGCCCCGCCCCCUCCGCCGCCGCCAGCACCUCCAGCCCCGCCCCCGGCGCCCGCCACCCCGCCCCCGCCGGCUGAGGCUGCGGCCGCAGACCCGAGAGCUGCACUUAUGGAGAGUAUUCGAAGCGGCUCCAAGACACUCAAGCGUGUGGAACCGGCGGCUAAGCCGGCAGUCGUGGAUGACAGCAGGAGUAACUUACUUAGCGAGAUCAGGCAGGGCGUUGAGCUGCGAUCCGUGUCCCGGUCGGGCAGCAACAGCGGCAGCGAGCGCAAGGGAGCCCGGCCUGCCUGCGGCCUGGCUGAAGCGUUACAGCGAGCCCUCGAAGAACGCUCUCGCGCCAUACACUCCUCCGACUCCGAGCUCUCCGACGCCACCACCAGCGACGGCGAGUGGGACGACUGAUUGCCUUAACCACCCUCUUGUAACAACAAAAACGUUCAGAUAUCGUCUAUAUCUAAUGUAUGAAAAACCAGACUACACAAUAACUAACCUGGGUUAUGAAGAAAAACUUUCAGCUGCCGUCUACAUCUCAUGUAUGUAUGAAAAACGAGACUAUAGAUGCCAUCAAAAGUAAUUUGAAAAAUGAUCAGAACAUACACAUUCAGCUACCGUCUAUAGCUAAUUUAUAAAAAUGAAGACUUUAGAUGCCGUCAAUUGUAAUUUCAAAAUUGAUCAUGUCUGUAAUGAGAAUACUACUAGAUGUUUUCGGGAAAAAUCUUACACAUUCAGGCAGAAGUCUUAUAAUAAGUAUGCACAAUGGAGUCGACAGUAAAGAGUUAACAUGUUCGAAACGAGGGCUAGUCCCACUCGCACCUCCAUUACUCGGUUCCGUACCCUUAAAAUGGCCAAAAAAUUACUUUAGUUGUAUGGGAAACCCUCAAAAUAUUUUCAUAUAUUGUUGUAGUUUUCAGUAUUUUUGAUUAUUAACUAUUAAGAAUCGUGAGAUAUUGUCGAUGACAAACAGACAGCAAAGUCUUAGCAAUAAAGUCCAAUUUAUCCCUUUGAGUACGGAACCCUAAAGAUUAUUGUGUCUGUAAAGUCAGAUAUUUUGCAAAACACCUUCAGAUGUUGGCAGAAGUUUUAUCGACGUGUAUCAAGGAGUCGACAAUACGUAGUAAACAAUUUUGAUAAAACGAAAAUUGUAAGCAAAGUUAUAAACUGUUAAAGUAAUACUUUCGCCAUAUUGUCCGGAUAGUGACAGCCAAAAUAGGUCGCUCUGAUACCAAUCUAUAUUAUUACUAACUUAUCUUUGCGCCUCUUAUGAAAAUUAGACAUUUCUAAUUAUUCUCUAAUUAUAGUUUUCGUCCAAUCUGACGUGGGAAAAUUAUCAUCUAGCCGAAGAAUCUAUUUUGAACUAAAACUCGUCCUUUAGCCAUGGCAAACCCACUACGUAGAUAUCCACCAUGACAAAUAUCCAAUUAAUUUUUACCUGGGUUCAGCAAAUAUUCGUCCCAUUUUCUAUUUAUUGCUAUUUGUAGAAAAUAUAAUCAAAUCCCUCCAAACAGGGCGGAGUACCUUGCGUCCGAGUAUCGUGAGACACAAGUUAGGGUUCGUACAUAUUAGCAAAACCACGUCAAAUGUCCAUGUGUAUGCACCCUUAGCGCCGAGACACGCAGGCCGCGGUAAAUUUUACGAUCAUACGAGUUUAUUUAAAUCCUAGUCAAGGAAUUUGUUGACAUAAUUAUUAUACAUGAACGUUUUGAUCAUUCUUCUGGUCGCGUUAUAAUUUAAAACGUCUAAUACAUAUAUUAUUAAGUAUUUAACUAACAAGUAUCAGUGUAUAAGGUUUAUUUUAAAACUUUAAUGACCAUUUAAAAGUAUUCGGUAAAUUUCUUAUAAUCAACAUUUACAUUCUUGUUCUAUCAAAUCAAUAACGCUAGGUUUGUUUAUUAACGUAUUAAAUUAUAUUAUACAUACUUAAAUCAGUCAUAAAACUAUGUAUUCUUUUAAAAGUAUUAGUUUGUAACAGGCAGGAACUUGGAGAAAAUUGCGCUAUAUAGAUGUGUUGGAUUGCAUAUAAAAAGUGUCUUAUGUGCGUCAUAAUAUGUAUAGAAAUAAAUUAAGCUCUUUGUUUUCUGUUAAAUUCUUAAUUAAAAAUAAUUUAAUAUUAAUUAGGCUUUUUAAAAAUCUUUUGUCUUUUAUAAAAAUGUGUGCCAGAGUAGCUAGUAGCGGAGUAAUUGCUGACAAAUCGUUGAAGUUAUACAUUUUAAUGAUAUAACAGUUUUACUCUGCCCUAGUGUAUGAAUUUACUUCAGUUCAAAUGUGAUAUUGGAAUAACUGUGCUCAGCAAUAUUUUCUCUUGUAUUAAGUCAAGCAUUUAAAUAUAGGUGUUUUACAUAGUGCAUUGAAUGUCUUUACUGGUUCUUAGUUCGAGGCAAUCGACAGUAAGAAUGUAGUUUAACAUUCAGCUAGUACACAGAGUACGCCUCGGCGCUCAAACGAUGCCUCGAGUUAAGAAACUAUUUAAAAUCUAUUUUUAUUAGUGUCAUGUGAAUAUUUUUAUAUAAUUAAUUAAUUACUUUUGAUAAUAAAUGCUACAAGUUAUUAAUAUUUUUAUUAAAAUAAUAAUUGUUUUGAAUGUUACGUUUGUGAAGCCGUAGAAAGAAUACGUUGAAUUUUAUUCCUUUCAGAACUAUUUCGAACACUUAUUUAGAAUGUAUAAGGAAGUGAAGCACAUUGAUAUCGCCUUAAUACAAUACCAAUUUCAAAACAAAGGCUGACGUACUCUUUCAACGAGAUCACUUAUAUAUUUUAUAGAAUCGAUGUAAAAUGUGUAUAUAAAUGUAGUAGGUAAAUUCUAAUAGAAUAAUGCUGUAAAUGACUGAAAGAAAUUCGACGGUGAUUGUAGGAUUCGAUGUGUGUACUGAGAGUUAUCAUAUUCUUGUAAAAAAUAGCAGUUGCUGUCACACCUAAGCGAUCAUAAAUGCUUGAAAUUCACAAAAUACGGUCUCUGUAUUCAAAAACAUUACUGAUAUACAAGUUUCAAAGCACACACUUGAAAGUAGCUAGCUAAUAGAAAUACUAAAGUACUACAAAAUCGAAUAUUCGAUGUUUGAAUUAUCGAUAGUUUCACUUGACGCUUUAAUUACUGCUCACGUUGUUCUAUCGAUACUAGAGAUGUGUAUGAAUACCUUUAUCGAAAUCGAUUUCAUUUGUAAUAUUUUUUCUUAAAUCAUAAAAGGUAUAUUUUUGCAUAAAGUAAACUGCGUUAUUUCGUGUUAUUUUUUCAAUUGAAAAGUUAAUAUUUUUAUUACGGUUUCAAAUAAAAUAAUAAAGUUUAUUUUCUGGCAAGUCGUAUAUUUCUUUUAAUUUUUUAUGACUAAUAAGUAUAUUAAGGUAGAUAGAAAAUCGAACAGAAUAACUUAUGAAAGAAUUCUGCUGUUGAUUUUUGCAGUGUAUGUAUAACGCAAGCAAUCAAACUACAAACGGUCUUUAUGAUGCAUAGCAUACUGCAGUUAUAAAAUGCCUGGUGCAGAUAACUGCAUACAAACUUCAUGUUUUGCAUAUUCGAUGUACACAUUUAUACUCAGCAUAAUCAAUCAUAAUACAACCCUGGUAUUUAAGAAUUAAAUUCACCAAUACUUGUAUUACUCGGUCCCAAAUCAGAUCCGCAUGUACUAGCCUUUUAGUUAAACUAGUGUAAGGGUUACGACUUAUGUAUCUUAAUAAAUAACGAUAGAUAUUUUUAUAACUAUCAACGUUUACGAUUUAUGUAAUGUACCUGUAACACCCGAGAACUUGUGGAUGGCUGGUUAACUGAGGUGAGGAAGGAAAUUAGAUUCUAAAACGUUAGAAGGUUGAGCUAAUCUUCUCUUUCGCAUUGGAAUAUAGAAGACUUUAGUGACAAAAACAUGUGCAAUAGAUAACAAUUUUGAAGCAUUUCCUUGUAAGGAAUCCGCAGUUUGUCUUUUAGUGUCGUGACUGCAGUAAAAAUGUUUUCUGCAGAUAAACUAAUGUUAGCUCAGUUAAUCAGUUAUAAAUGAGGAUGUUGACUAAAUAAACAUUAUUAAAAUUUCAA